AUGGCGCCCGCCACGCCGUCUGGCUGGGAGGAGUCCGCCCGCGCGGCCCGCCAGCUCGCGCAGAUGGCGAUACCCUUGUGGGCCCAGAACUUUGCGCAGAUUCUCCUGGGCCUCAUCGCCAUCGCAUUCGUGGGCCACAUGAACGACCCCCUCGCGCUCUCGCAAGUGGUGCUGGCCACGUCACUAUUCAACGUCACCGGCGCGAGCAUCAUAUCAGGCCUGAGCGCCGGCAUGGAGACGUUCUGCGGCCAGGGCAUGGGCGCGGGCAACCACGCGAUGCUGGGCACCGUGCUGCAGCGCGCGGUGGCGAUCUGCCUGCUGGUCUGCGCGCCCGUCACGCUGCUCUGGGCCAACGCGGGGCCCAUCAUCCUGCGGCUCGGCCAGCCGCAGGCGAUCGCGGCGGGUGCUGCCAGGUACCUUUUGCAGGUGUCGCCCUGCAUAUACAUGCUGGCCAUUAGCGAGUGCCUCAAGAGGUACCUCCUAGCUCAAAGGGUUGUGGUGCCUGGCACGGUCAUCACCGCCGUCACGACCCUCUGCGCGCCCGUCUUCUACUGGCUGACCAUCUACAAAAUGAAGCUCGGCCUCGAUGGCGCCGCGGCCGGCUUUGUGCUGUGCACCUUCACCUCCACCUCCCUCAUGAUCGCCUACACCGCCGCCCGCGACGCGCGGCGCCGCCGCCGGCCGGACGCGACCUGGACCGGGCUGACCUCGGACGCGUUCCGAGGUUGGGGGCAGUACCUCGGGCUGGCGGUGCCCGCCAUGGUGGCCGUCUGCUCGGAGUGGUGGACGUACGAGGUUGUGAUCUUCAUGGCAGGCUUGCUACCCAAUGCGGAGGUCGCCGUGGGUGUGAUGGGGCUUGCAUUCCAGGUGUCUGCGGUGGCCUACAUGUCGGCGAUGGCGCUGUCCGCCGCCGCAAACACGCGCGUCGCGAACGAGCUCGGCGCCGGCAACGCGCGCUCUGCGCGCGCGAGCUGCUGGGUGGCGGCCGCUGCGGUGGUGCUGCUGCAGUCGGCGCAGUCGGGGGCGUGCUUCUUGGCGCGGCGGCAGGUGAUAGGUCUGCUGAGCAGCAACGAACAGGUGGAGGCUCUGGCUCUCAUCGUAAUGCCGGUGCUGGUGGUAACGUUUAUAGGCGACGGCACCAACGCCGUCCUGCAGGGCGUGCUCCGCGGCGCCGGCCGCCAGGCCCUGGGGGCCGCCAUGAACGUCAUCGGCUACUGGGCUUUCGGCGUCCCCUUGGCCGUGCUCCUCGGGUUCCAUCUGCACCUCGGGGUUUUAGGGUUCUGGGUCGCCCUGCUGGCGACGACCUCGGGGCAGGCGCUCGUGCAGGCGGCCGUGCUGUCGCGGAUAGACUGGGCCGCGGAGGUGUCGCGCGCGGCGGCGCUGGCCGCGGCCCCCGAGGACGCGGCGGGCGCGACGAACGGCGGCGGCGGCGGCGGCGCAGCGGCGCGGAGCAAGGCGGCCGCGGCGGAUGUGGCGGCGGCGGAGGCGGCGGCGGCGGCCCUGCCGGAAGACGAGCGGCCGCUGCUCCUGGACACGUCGCGGUCGCGGUCUGUGUCGGAGCACGGCAGCGCGAGCUUCGGGCCGCGGCUCAGCAUCGACCUGGUCGCCCUCGCCGGCACGCCGCCCGCGCCCCGCCGGGCGCCCCUCCCGCCGGGCCCCCGCAGGGUGGUGUCUAGCAGCACGGGCGGCGGCGGGCCGCCGGCGGCGCCGGCGGCGACGUGGACCCUGGAAGAGGCUGAGGAGGGGCUGAGCCGCGGCGUCGCCGACGGCGGCGCACUCGCUGCUGAUGCUGCUGGCGGCGGGCGCAGGCGCGUCGGCGGGGCCCUCGAGCGCCGCGAUGGCGCGGGGGGCGGCGGUGGCAAGCGGCGAGCCAUGGGCCCGGCUGAUGACGACGUCAGUGACGGCUGCGGCGGUGAUGUCACGGGGCAAAGAGACGCCCAGGCACGCGGCGGCGCCCACGCCAAGCUGCUGCCAGACGAGCGGUAG